ACACUGGGGAGCAAUUUAUACUUAAUAGUACUUAACAAAAGCAACAAAUUACUGUAAAAAUUCUACCAUGAAUUAUAUUGUCUUUACUAGUCGAUUAAUACUUCUGGAAAUGUGAAAUUGUGUAGCAUAGAUGGGCUCAGCCGGAACUACAUUUCAAUAGUAAUUGCAAUUUUUUAAAUAAUGAAAGUUAGGUAAACAAAUUUUUUGUGCACAAAGUAUUCAUCAUUUAUUUGUUGUCUCUCAUUUGGACAAGUAAAGUUUAGCAUUUCUUCACGUCCACAGGGCUGACACUUGUUGUAAGUGUGACAGAAGGAAUCGUAUCUCCAGAUGGUAAAAAUAGCACAUUCAAGCAUCCCAGUCACACAGGAAGGUUAAAUAUGGUUGACAGUCUCGGAUAUAUAUGAGCUGCUCUGUGAAUGUGAACAGGUUGUUGAAGUUUGAGAACCAAGAACAGGUUUAACUGUAACUGGGGGAUUCAGAAUGUUUCAGGAGAAAAGUCCAGAGGCGGUGUGUAAUGCCUCUCUGAUUCGGAAUGUGUGGGAAAUCAGAACGAAAACAUACACACAGAAAUUGAACACAGAAGACGAGAGGGUGAAAAAGAGUGCACUGCAACAGAUUAAUCAAGAAUGGCAGAAUCGUAUGGAAUCCAAGAGGAAGGCACCGCCAAGGCUGGAGAGAAAAGCCAGGCACAAUGAGAACACAACACUUCAGAAUUACUUAAAUAAACCAGCUCUCUCUCAUAUGAAUAACACUGAUAUUUUUAACUCCAAGUUUCAAAAUCAAAGGGGGUCAUUGUCAAAAAGGGGAAAGUUUAUCAAUGAUAUCUAUCAGGGCCAACCGUCUCUGCAAAUGUGGGGGAAGUCCUGGAAGUUCUCACGACCCAAAUUGCACAUGGAAGAGGAGGGACAAGCAGAAAGUGUAUCAGAUUGGGGUGAGUCAUGGAAGUUCUUGAAUCUCCAACCCAACCUGGAAGAUCAACCUUGGUCAGAGCAGGACUUAUAUGAUGAUGACCUGGAUUUCCAGCUUCAUAAUGGCACAACAUUACUAUCAAAGGAGGCCAAGUCAAAUGCAUUCUUGAGUUCCCAGGAUCUUGAGGAGAAUUUGUGUUGUUUGGAAUGGGAACAGUCUUGGAAGUUUCCAAAGCAUCCUAGCCAUGAAAAAGAAUCAUCAUCAGAGGAAGACCAAUAUAAUGGGUCCACAGAUAUUGAAAGCGAUGAGGACAUGUGUCUGUCAUAUGGAAGCAUGCCCUUGGAUUAUGAGAAUGAAAUGUCAGAAUGGAGCGAGUCCUGGAAGGUGCCAAAGCCUGAAGAGACUGAUUCCCAGUCGGUAGAAUCAGAACCUAUGGAAGAUGAGGAUCACGAAGACAAUCUGGAUAAAACAUCUGUUUCUAAGUGGUUUGAGUCCUGGAUGAUUCUGUAUCACGAGCUGCCUAAAAAGAAAUCUCAGUCCUCUGACUGGAGUGAGUCUUGGAAGCUCUUGCAUGUUCCAUCACAACAAGAAAAAAACAGUCACACAGAUCAAGGCUUGUCUGACGAGUCAUCAGAUAUUCACGAUUUUGAGAGGAUGCUUCCACCAAAAGGGAACAAGAUAAACAUAUUACUGACUUCCCAAGAUUUCUCAGUUUCUGAAUGGAGUGGAUCCUGGGAGAUCACAAAGCCCCAAGUGCAGGCUCUCCCCCAGAAUGAUCAGAGACAUGAAUCAGAAAAAGAUGAGUCAAUGAAAGGAAUGUCAGAGAGCAUUUUAGAUUUUCAAUCUGAAAAGGAGAGUUGUGUGAAAAUCAAGAGCAAGUAUAGACAGUUUCUGAGUCCCCAGGUCUUCUGUGAUGAGUUGUCUACAUCUGAAUGGGGUGAGUCUUGGAAGUAUUUUAAGCAUCAAUCUUUCCAGGAUAUUCACACAGAUGAAUUAUUUAUUAACCAGAUGGACAAGAAGAAAUCUCUUUCUGACUGGAGCGAGUCCUGGAAAUUCUCCCAGAAGAGAUUGUGUAAUGAUAAACCAUCUUUUACAGAGUGGGAAAACUCAUGGUUUUUCACAUCUGAGCCGUAUAUUUGCAAGGCACUGUUAAUACAAGAAAACAGGGCAAAUGACCACUUGGAUUUACUCCCUGGCAAUAGUACAUUUCUGUCUAAGAGUGUCAAGUUCAGAAACUUAUUAAAUUCUAUGCUCCACAAGGACAGGCCGUCUCUUUCAGAGUGGAGUGACUCUUGGAAAAUCACAAAUCUCGAGAUUUCCCAGCAAACCGAGUUCGAGGAAUCCUUGGAAAUCCAGAACUACAAUGAGAUGAUGUUUAACUUUAAAGCUGAAAAGUGCAGAAUAUUCUGUGCAUCCCACACACACGAAGAGAAACUAUCUUUGGAAAAAUGGGGUGAGUCCUGGAAAUUUGCAAAACGUCAGCACCCCAGGGAUGGAGCGAUUUUAUCAAAAAAAUGUAAGAUCAUUAACUUCCAGAAUUCAGAAUGGGCUUCUUCUUGGAAGUUCUUAAACCUUACACUUCACCAGAAGAAAGAAUGUUGGGAGAAAAGCUGGACCAAUGUGGCAGAGAUCUGCCGUGAAAAUCCAUCAAAAUGGGGAAAGCCCUGGAAGAUAUCAAAUCCUCAGCCACCCAUGGAGAAUGGAUCCUGGUUAAAAGCUGAGGAUUUCCAUCACCAAAAUCAAUUAAUAAUCCUGGCAAAAAGCAGGUGCAGAAAAUUCUUAUUUUCUCAACUAGAGACAAAUAGGCAAUCUCUGAGAUUGUGGUCCCAUUCCUGGAAGUUAUUGAAACGACAUGCAGAUAACAAGACAAAAGCUGGGAAAAGUAGUUCUCAGGAUUCCUCUGACUUGUAUACGCAUAUAAUGUCAAGGAGGAGCAAGGCAAGGAAAGUUUUGAUGACUCCGCUGGAAAAAGAGAAGUUGGCUCCGAGAAAGUGGGGUGAUGCCUGGAGGUUAGCAAAGACACAACCCCGCCAAAGGAGAGGAUCUUAUUUAAAGACAAGCAAGGAAACUAUGAAGGAGGACAAAGCACAUCUUGCUGACUGGAGCAAGUCUUGGAAGUUUUUAUACACUCAGCAAACUGAAGAAAAAUCAUUUAUGCCAGAAUGGGAAGAGUCCUGGAAAUACUUACUUACCCAUCAACAAGAGAGAGAAGGAGAGCGAUCAAAAUAAAGGCUAAUUCAAAUAGUCUGUGACUGGCUGAAAAAACCACUGGCAGAGAGAAGAGGGAAAGACAUCUGAAAUAAAAUGGCCAACCAAAUGGUAUAAUGUUUUUCAGACUGAAAAAUUGCAAGUUGAAGAGAAAAGAUUUAUGAGCCAAACUGACAUUUAUAUUUAUUAACUUAUAUGAUAUAUAUAUGACUAUAAAGCAUUGAAAACCAUGUAUUUGGAUUUAUUAGAACCAAAAACCCAAGCAAUUUUAUGAAAGGCAGUAAGAUCAUAGUUGUAUGUUUGUGUCGUCAAUUAUAUUUACUGUCUAUAAAGCUCAAUAUUAUUAUACAUACUAUAUAAUACACAGGUUUAUAUAAAUGUCCUCAAGUGUCCAUGCAUUAUUUAUUGUUCAGCUGAUACUGGGCCGUGGAACUACAAUGUAAAAAAAUAAAAAUAUGCAAAACUGAUGAUCUA